UUUUUACCAUAACUAAACUUCUUUUUCUUUCUUGCAGGUGGUGCGAGGAGUCCACAUAGAGCCAGCCCACAUAGUCAAGAAGAGGAGCAUAGACCAACCUUUAAGAAUUAGUAUAUUUUAUGACCAUUCCGUCUAUAGAUUAGAACCUGAAAAAUUUGAUAUGAUCAAUAACACAAUAUUACCGGAGGCUGUGAAGUUCUGGGAACAAGCUUUGAAAGUAAGAAAAACCGGGGGUCCCAUUAUGUUAAACAGAAAAUGCCCCACUCGUCAAGUGUUCGUGCGUGGGGGCCGCUCGCACUGCAUCGAUGCGUGCAACGCCGAGACCAUGUGUGGGGAAGUGAGAGUGCCUGAGCAUCAUUUGAAUAGUUUUAGAUACUCUUCCUAA